GAAUGCCAAAAAAAAUUUUAAAGGCCAAAGUCAAAUUUGAAGUUUUUCUCGAUUGUAUAAAUAGUACGCUAGAUUAAAAAUAGCACUGCAUCUGAGUGUGAUCGAUAGUAACACAAAUCCUUAUAUGGUUAAUUCAAAAAUACUGUAAUUUUAGAAUUUAAUUAUCAUCAUCUUAAAAUAAGAAUAUGCGCCUUGUACCUUGGAAGAAGCUGUUCAGGAUUGCUGUAGUGUGCUCUACUUUUUCUUUAGUAUACCACCUGUUUACAAGGUAUACGAAUCUGAUUGAACAAGUAGCUCUGGCCACCAAUAUAACUUUAUCUGAGGAUCAGAGACUAAUUAAACCUUAUAUAAGAGGUACAUGUCCUGGUAGAUUGGCACUAGGAAAUGUUAUUGGAUGCUUUGAAACGCUUUGGGCCUUUAGCAUCAGAUAUAAACUUCAGGUAGUUUUUCCCGACAAAGAACUAGCUGUCAUGAAAAAAACCUUUAAGAAUAUUGGUGAAAGUGUUCUAAGCGAAUCAGAAUUUAAAAAGUUAUCCCAGCAGGGACUCAAAUGGAGGAAAGUUCAGAAUGCAAAUGUUUUUUUUCUUGAACAGGAAUCUUGUAAUCCAACUAUUGAUAUUGAACAGUAUAAGAAAAUGGUAGGACAGCAUGGAAGGAAGCCUGCCUGCCAUCCAAUAUCUAUGGAAGAGAAUAUUAGAAUUGAAGAUAAAGUUCCUGUUAUAAUGGCAGCUCUUUUACCCUUCAGGACAGAAAUUACUCAUCAGCUUGAAUUUGUGGAUAGCGUAAACAAGGAGGCUGAUUAUGUGAUUGGUAAAGUUGGUGAUCUUUACAGUAAUCCUGUAUUUAUUGGAGUUCAUGUGAGGAGAACUGAUUAUGCAAGGUACCUUCAUGUUUGCUGGGACACUUAUAUGUUUGCUGGGUACACUUUCAUGUUUACUGAGUACACUUUCAUGUUUGAUGGGCACACUUUCAUGUUUGCUGGAUAUACUUUACUGUUUGCUGGGCAUACUUUCAUUUUUGCUGGAUAUUUUUUACUGUUUGCUGGGCACACUUUAAUGUUUGCUGUGCACAGUUUCACAUUUGCUGGGUACACUUUCAUGUUUGCUGAGUACACUUUCAUGUUUACUGGGUACACCAUUUAAUGUUUAAUGGGUACA